GCUUCAGUGUGCCCGGCCGUCCCGUCGGAGAGCGGAGAUGGCGAGCUCCUGGUGCUCCCCUCUGCCCGGCCGCCUGCCCCUCCUCCUGCUGCUGCUCCAGUCGCCUUCCAGCCACGCCGGGCAGUUCCGAGUGCUGGGCCCGGAGCGCCCGGUGCGCGCGCUGGCGGGGCGCCCGGCGGAGCUGCCGUGCCGCCUGGCCCCCGCGCGCAACGCCAGCGGCAUGGAGGUGGGCUGGGCGCGGCCGCCCGACCGCAUGGUGCACCUGUUCCGCGGCGGCCGCGACCGGCCGGAGGAGCAGGCGCCCGAGUUCCGCGGCCGCACCGAGCUGCUGCCCGGCGGCCUGGCCGAGGGCCGCGCGGCGCUGCGCAUCCGCCGCGUGCGCCCCUCGGACGCGGGCGGCUACACCUGCUUCUUCCGCGAUCACGCGCAGCACGAGGAGGCGGCGCUGGAGCUGCAGGUGGAAGAUCCCUUCCACUGGGUGGGGCCCGGCGCGCUGGCCGGCCUGGCGGUGCUGCCCCUGCUCCUGCUGCAGCUGGCGGCAGGCCUGCUCUUCCUGGUCCUGCAGCGCAGGCUGAGAGGAAAACUGCGAGCGGAGAUAGAGAGCCUCCACAGGACCUUCGAUCCUCACUUCCUGAGGGUGCCCUGCUGGAAGGUGACGCUGUUCGUGGCCGUGCCAGUGCUCGGGCCCCUGGCCGCCCUGGUCGUCUGCUACAACUGGCUGCACCGAAGACUGGCAGGGCAAUUUCUUGAAGAACUAAGAAACCCCUUCUGAGGGCAGCCGCACGGGCAGGAGCGGAGGGCUGGCUGGGCUGAGGACCGGUCCUCGGGAUGUUGCAUCCAUCAGGCCUCUGGGCUGUGGGCACCUUCCAACGUGCACUUCCAGGAACGCUCCGAAUCCCAAAUAGGACUCGUUUCUUCAUUAUUUUUUUUAAGUUUGUUGUUCCACCUUCUCGACACACCCAUUUGUUUCUCUUCUGUCAUCUACUUUUUCCCCAGCUCUUUCCUGUUUUUGUACCUCCGCCUUUGUUU